AUGUCUUCCCCUACGACCCCGACCAAUCCUACCACCCCAUCAAAGAAGACCAAGAACGAAAACCUGCUGGGGAUCUCCGAGACCGAGACCAAGCUCUUGCUUUUGGGAAUGGUCUGCACCUCCGACGCUGGCAAGCCCGACUUCGCCGAGAUCGCACCCAAGGUGGGCUGCACCCUUGGCUCGGCCCGGACCCUGCACGGCGUUGCUCGCCGUAAGCUGGAGCGUCUGCAUGGUAGUCAAAAGGUUACUGGUGCCAACGACGGGAAGGUGACCAAGCCUACUCCAUCCCCCAAGACUCCCCGGGGCUGCAAGGCCACUGGGUCCAAGAAAAAGGCUGCUAGCAAGGUUACGGGCACUCUUACGGAAACCCUGGAGGCUUCGGCGCCUGCCCAUCAAGGCCCCUCUGAGUCUGACACCGGCGAUGCUCACGAUACUCAAGAUGCUGUCUAUUCUGCCGAUGCUCCCGAUGCUGCCGAUGCUGCAGCUGGCGCUUACUGA